CCGAGUUCGUUCUUCCAUGGUAGCUUGGCAAGAUUGGUCUUCAUAAGAAAACAAGUCCGUUCUCUGCGUUCUUAGAAUUGAGAAAAAACCCAUAUACAUUACUGCAUUAAAAAUAAAUACAUUUAAAAAAAAGUAAUACAAAAAAGUAAUUUUAAAUCCUGGAUGUAAUACGCUAGGGGGCGUGUUUUUAGUGCAGCGAACGUUCCAGAGCUCACGGAAGAGACCAAAGGUUUUUUUUGCUGACAAACAUGACGUCAGCUGGCGGAGCCCGUCAAUGCGGUAGUGACAGCGGAGGAACGCACCGACUGAAGAAGCACCCUGAACUGGUAAAACCUGACACUAAAACUAAACCUUAAACCUGGGCUGAAGGCGAUCGGAAGAGAGCCCAAGGCCGCAGAACAGCAUGGGGAACGCGGAGAGCGGCUGUGACGCUGGAAGCGGCGAUGAGGAGGAUUUAGAAACGGAGAGUCCCGUGUUCGCCGAGGGCAGCCCGGCCUCUGCGGCCACAGGCAACAGGGCCGGCAGCGGUGGUGGUGAUGCAGCAGCAGCAGCUGCAGGCGGCGGCGGCUCUGGUCCGGUGAGAAGCGGAAGAGGAUCCGCGAACCCACCGGCACCGAGCUACGGACUCCCCACCCCUGAAGCUCUGCUGGAGCAGGUGAAGUUGAGAGAGGCAGCGGCCCGUAUGAGCGACUCAUGGGUCGCCAUUUCGGAAUCAGUGCUUGCGCGGAACAAGAGCGCUCUGGUGCGCUGGCUGGAGGAGCGGCAGGGCCGCGGUGAGGAGUCCGUCACUCUGGAGCAGUUCUGCGAGAUGCUGGAGAGCAGAGACGCACCCAGAGAUGAGUGCGAAGAGGCCUUUGGUCAGUUUGAUGCUGAGGGUGAUGGGAUCGUUGAUGUGGAGAACAUGCUCAUGGCACUGAAGAACUCUACUGGAGCCAAUCUGCAGGGAGAACUCAGUCAUGUGAUCAGGCAGCUUCAGGCAUGCUCUCUGACACCAGGAUUUGUGGAUAUCUUCUCCAAGUCCAAGGACCGUCUCAGAGCACAUGCCUCCAAGAUCCUGAAAUUCUUGCACAGGAACCGCAUCCCCAGCACUGCCAUCCCAUUCCCAGUGCUGGAGGGCUACAACAGCAUCUGCACCAUGAGGUCAUCUGUAGUGCAAGACUUCCUGGAAUACCUGCUACAGAAGGAGAAAGAUUUAGACAUCCAGUACAGAUCAGAGCUCAAUCACGACCCAGACGUGGAUAAGGUCAAAGUGGUCACUCAGUGCUACAGCUUCAUUGACGCUUCGUCUAAUAGUGCCGAUAUACACAAACUAACUAACGGAGAGACUGUGUCUUUCUGGCAGUCGGACGGCAGUGCUCGCUCACACUGGAUAAGGUUAAAAAUGAAGCCAGAUAUAGUUUUGAGAAGACUGGCCAUUGCAGUUGCAUCUAAUGACCACAGUUACAUGCCGCAGCUGGUGUCUAUAGCUGUAGGGAAGAGCCGGCGCUCCCUGCAGGAGAUCAGGGACGUGAGGAUCCCCAGUAAUGUCACAGGAUAUGUACCGCUACUGGAUAACGCCAACAUCACCCAUCCCUAUAUUCAGAUAAACAUUAAGCGUUGUCUAAGUGAUGGCUGUGAUACACGUAUUCACGGCCUAAAAGCAAUUGGCUACCAGAUCACCAAGAGUAAAGAGGUUUCUGUAUCCGACGCCUCGGCUAUAUGGUAUCUGUCACUCCUCACAUCUCUGGUCACUACUUCCAUGGAAACCAACCCUGUACUUGCGCAGACGGUUCUACAGAGCACGCAAAAAGCCUUACAGCACAUGCCGCCCCUGUCCUUAACGCCAUCUUCUACUGAGUUCCCCAAAUUCUUCUCUGCAAACAUUCUAGAAGAAGUGGAUGGGUUUUUAAUGCGCAUAGCAGACUGCUGUGUGUCUCCUGAGGCUGAGCUGACUUUGUUAGCAUUUGCUCUGGCGAGAGGCAGCGUGGCUAAAGUUCUCAUCUCUCUGUCUGGUAUCUGUGAGCAUCUGGACUCAGAAUACAGAGCUUCCUCACUACUGGCCUCUAUGGCGUCAGUCCGGUUAAGACUGCUCUACCGUAAUGGUAAACCCCUGCAGCUGCAUCUUCAGGCAUGUGAUGUCAAGAGUAAAGAGGAGAAGUCUGGCCCAGAAAACAUGCUUACUGAACCCAACACUGGAGAUGGUUUCCUGACAGAGAAUGGAAAGAGGAAAGCCAGUGUGAUUCUGUCCACUGAAGAUCAGAGCUGCUUUCAGGUCACACAGAUCAAGAUAAAGGUGCGUAAAGGAGCGAUUGGUGCUAAAUGUGGCUUGGUGUUUGCAUACAAUGACAGUGAGGCAUUUGAUGCAGAUAAACACUUCAAAAGGUUCAAAAAGUAUGACAGCUGGGACUACAAAGACUACAAGGAAUUUGUCCAAGACAGCACAAGGAUACCAGAGACGAGUGAAGAGGAGCCGAUUGGCUGGUUUGAGGUGGAGGAGGACUGGAACGAUGUAGAGAUCAAACUGCAGCAAUGUCGAGUGUCAAAAUUUUUGAUGGUGAAGUUCCUGUGUGCCAGGCAGGACACAGCAGAGCGUUUGGGUGUUCAACAGGUGAGUUUCAGUGGGUAUUUGUGUCCAGACUCUGAGCGUUUGGAGGAUGUGGAGGAUCUGAGCCCUCAGGCAGAGGGGAGCGUCUCGGCUCUGGUCACUGGCCUCACCCUCAUGAAGAAAACCCUUUACUUCAUCCAGCAGCUCACCAGAGACAUGGAUGUGUCUCUGUCCAAGCAGAAGUCCCUGCUGGACUUCAGUGACCUUAACCUGCUUCUGUUCUGGGACUUUUACCACAAACUCAGAUCUGUUGAGGGUGAGGAAGCAGUAAAAACUCAAGUUCUGCUGCUUCAGCUGCUGCAGAACUGCUUCCCAAUGCUGGCUAGCUUGACAGAAACCCAGCCGUCAGACAUCACCACCUCAUUGUCAGCAUCAGCAUCAGCAGAAGUGGACCCUGCAGAAGCUGUCAGCGAGCUCUACAGUCACUUGUGUCAAGUGGUGGAUGGGCCUGAAGGAGAGACUGCAGUGGAGAAAGCUCUGAGGAAAGAAGCUGUGAAAGCCAUUCUCAAUGGAGCUGCCAUCUUCUUCCCUGACAAACAGAGCAGGAGAGAUAAGCUUUUCCACAUGAUGAAAAAUAUAACAGAGGAAAAUCAACCAGAGUCUGUGAAACUUACAUUUGAGUCUCUCUGCAAUUACUUCAGUGAUCAGGACCCGAAAGGUCUCCUCCUGCUGCCGCCUACAGGAGCCCCGUCUGACUUUAACAUCUCACCUGUCUUGACCGUCAUGGACACUCUGCUUAUCGUGGCCACUAGUGAGUGUGAGGUGUUGAUGUUGGACUUGAGUGGAGGGUCCAUUUGGAGGGUCCUGCUCUCUCUGUUCUGGGCUCUCCAGGGCAGUCUGCUCUCCUGGUGCUUCCUGCAGCUCAAAGGAGGAACAGCCACCUCUGCUAAACUAGCAAGGGAAAUAUUGCUUAAAUAUGUGGAACAGUUCCUGGUCGGUACCAGAGACAUACUGAGUUCUCUGAUGAAUCGCUUCUCUGGAGCUGACAUCAUGGACAAACUCAGCAAAUCCAUCCUCGCCAUGGCAACAAGACAGCUAACAAUCUUCCUGCUGGAGCUGUGUGCUUUGGAUAUUCCUCACUGUGUGCUGCUCAGGAGAUUCUAUCCUCUGGCAGACCUACUCAAGAAGCUCUCCAGUGACACAGAGGACAUCUUUUCUAAGGUUGAUAUGGAGGGCUGUCAGCAGACUCAGCAGCCUGUGGUAUUGAGGUCGUGGCAGAUGGAGUCCCCUCAUAACUACGAGAAUAGCAGACAUGAGACCACCGUCUUUGUCUGUCCUGGGGCUAUGUCCUUCGAGGUGGAGUUUGAUGAACGCUGUGAAACGGAGAAAAGAUACGACUAUCUGGAAUUCACUGAUGCCAGGGGUGGAAAAGUGCGAUACGACAUGAAGGUCGGCACGGAGAAAUGGCCAAAGAAAGUGACAUUUAAAGCGGGUCCCCAGCUUCAGUUUCUGUUCCACUCAGACAGCAGUAAUAGCGAGUGGGGUUACAAGUUCACAGUGACCGCGUACGGCCUGCCAGACGUUACUGUUUCCUGGACGUCUGAUCUGCAGCUCCUCGUGUCCAGGCUGAUGGGCCGUCUGGCCUCACGCACCAUGGCUUUGAAAUCACCUUACGAGAUCCGUGGUGUGAAGGAAUUGCCUGCAGGUGUGAUGAAUCAUGUGCUGUCCUCUCCUCUAUGGAAGCCUUUGUUCAGACAUGGACUGAGUGGUUUUCCCGGCAGAGAAAAGUUAGCAUUGGCCAGCCUGGAAAGUGCACAAGUGAGGGAAGCGUCAGCUCAUUUAAAAGAUGAUUUGGUGGAGUUCCUUAUGGAGUUUGCCCAUUGGAAUCUUUCCCAGGAUUCUUCUGAUAGCAGAGCAGAGCUCAUGAGGACUCUAAUGAUGACCUGCAAGAAGCAGCUAAUCAGGAACGAGAUUGCUGCAGGAUGCAAAGUGGACCAGGCUGUGAAUGCAGCCUGGGCAGCCAUGGUGUAUCACACACCAGCAUUUCACCAUAGUCUUAGGAGCUUUGUUGCUAAAAGCGGUCAGAGCAGUCUUAGCGAUGACCUCAUGCAGGUCUACGCACUGGCAGAUGGCAUCAAAACAUGGAUGUUGGAGAUGAAACAGCGCUACCUUGUGGAUAAAAUGAACGGACUAGAGGAAAAAGAGGAAGGACAGAAUGAGGUUACUAUGGAGUCACUUGCUGAGAUUUGCAUCAGUAGAAGUUUGUUCCUCUUCAGAUUCAGUCCCUGUAGAGGAAGCUCUUCACCUCCAGAACAAGAGCCCUUCAGAGCAGAAGAGGGUGCUUGUGCUGGUCCUCUUCUCCGAUCAGUUUCCACAUCAGAGGGAGACUUCCAGCCCAGUCCCUCUCCUUCAAUCUCCCAGACGCCCGAGGGAGCAGAACGGGCACAGGACCAGGCGUUCUCUGCUUCAGUGGAUGCUGGACGUUCUAGCAGUGUUUGUGCACAGGGUGCCACAGGCUCCUCAGAAAGUCUUCAGGCCCACACAGGAGAGCCUCUGUCCCCGUUAAUCUUCCCACGAAAAGCACCCUUCAGUCGGGGACGCCUGAGGCUCCUUUCCUUACGAUCAAUGGAGGAGCCUCGCGUGGUGCCACCUAUUAAAGAACGCUUCCCUAUCCUCAAACACAUCCUCUGCUUUGUGAAGGACAUGGUCAUCAGUGAAAGCAGUGUUCUUCAUACUCUGGCUCUGAAGAAGGCUCAGGCUCUGAGUGUGUGUGAGGUUCUAGAGAUCGUGCAGCAGUGUAUACUAACACUGGGCAAACCGCACCUCUUCCAGGCACCCUGUAUUCUGUUUCUCCAGGAACUCUUGGCGUGUCAGAAAGAUUUCACCAAUUACUUUUCUCUGUUGGUGGGCAGUGGGCAAGAGAUGAGGGAAUUGGUCAGACAUUCGUAUCAUCGUUUGGUUCUCAUGCUUGUGGAGGCGGUGCAGGGCUUCAACACACUUAAUGAGAAGGUCCUGUUGCCUGCCCUGUCAUGUGUGCAGACUUGUCUGCUGCAUUUGCUGGAUAUGAGCUGGGAGGCAGAGGAUUUGCCACUGUUUCUGGACAUCAAGCUGCCUGAUCUUCUGCUCACCAUGUCUCAGGAGAACAUCAGUGUACAUGACAUUGCCAUCAGUCAGUGGACAGAAGAGGAUGAGAUUGCAGACUACGAGAGGAACUGUGAGUGGAUGGACGAAUGUUUGGAUGGCAUGUUUGAGAAAUGGUUUGACAAGAUUGGCCAGGCCUCACUGGAGGAGAAGAGAAAGAUGCACAUGUUCAUUGCAUGUUACUGCGACCUGCUGAAUGUAGAGAUUUCUUGUGACGGAUGCGAGAGAAUUGCACCGUGGCAUCGUUACCGGUGCCUGCAAUGUACUGACAUGGACCUCUGCAAAACAUGCUUCCUUAGUGGUGCUAAACCAGAAGGCCAUGAGGAUGACCAUGAGAUGGUAAACAUGGAGUAUGCCUGUGACCACUGUCAAGGCCUUAUUGUAGGCAGCAGAAUCAACUGUAACGUCUGUGAAGACUUUGACCUCUGCUUUGGAUGUUACAAUGCUAAAAAGUACCCAGACAGCCAUCUGCCCACCCACCGUAUCACUGUCUACCCAAUGGUCACCAUCCGCAUCAGCGACCGCCACAGGCUGAUCCAACCCUACAUCCACAACUACUCCUGGCUUCUGUUCGCCGCGCUUGCCCUGUUCACCUCGGAGCUGGUCAGUGAGAAAGAGCAGGAGGGAGAGCCUUUGGAUGAUGUCACCCUCGGUUAUGCCAGCGCUCUGCAGACCCACUGCUCAGACCUCAUCAAUGAGUGCCUGCUGAAGGGACAAACAGGAAAAGGUCUGCGAGCCUCAGCCUUGCUGUCCCAGCUCUCCUCUAAUGAAUCAGCCACAGAGAGUGAACUGUGUCCUGCAACGCCUGGCUCCUCUCAGGACAUCAGCAGCACAGACACCUCAUCCCUGCCCAGCAGCACCACAGCUAGCUGCUCCCCACCGCCACCUAGAGACACAAAACCCCAAAAGGAAGAAGUGGGUGCAGAGGGUGAUGAGAGGAUGAAAAAGAAGCUGGUCUCUCAAGAUACGUCAGACUCAUCCAGUGUUAGUCAGACACCCUCGUUGUCUAGUGAGGUCACGCUGUCCCCUGGAGUCAGAGAGUCAGGUGGGGACACCAUCACAUCUCUUACCUCAGAGAACAUGGAUGCAUAUAAAGACCCAGAGGAGAAGACUGCCAGAGGGCCCCUACAGGAUCAUGUGUUUGCUGAAUGCUCCAGAGAGAGAAUUCUGGGAUUGUUGGCAGCCAUGUUGCCUGCGGCCAAACCGGGCAGCACAAUCUCUUUGUCCAGCCUGCAUCCUAUCCUGCCACUGCUGUUCAGAGUAGUCAUCUCCAACGCCGGCUGUCUAAAUGAAACAUACCACCUGACACUGGGUCUUCUGGGAAAGCUUCUGUUAAGGAUCUCGCCUGCAGAAGCUGAUGCAGCUGUGGCUGAGGCACUCACCGAAAAAUUUGACUUACUUACCCUUGGUGAUGGAGCAACAUUUGAUAUUCAGGGUUGGAAGACCACUCAAUUGCUCUUCAGUCUGAGUGCCGUGUGUCUGGACAGCCGUAUCGGAUUGGAUUGGGCAUGCUCAGUGGCAGACAUCUUGCGGAACCUGAAUGUUUGUCCUCAGUGGUGUGCAGUUGUGGCAGCUUUUACUGAUCACUGCAUCCAACAGUUACCGCAGCAACUCAAGAGAAUGAAUCUCUUCACUCUGCUGGUGCUCGUGGGCUUCCCUGAGGUGCUAUGUAUGGGGACUCAGGCUGUGUUCAUAGAUAACGCCAAUGAACGGCACAGCGUGAUCUUGCUUAAACACUUCACUGAGAAGAACAGAGCUGCUGUGGUGGAUGUGAAGACUCGUAAGAGGAGAACAGUGAAAGACUACCAGUUAGUCCAAGCACAUGAGUGCAGCAGCAACAGUAAUGCAGAGGGACAUUUUGAGGGUCAGGCUGUGUCCCCAACUUCCUCCCACCUGAGCCUCUACCUGAAGAACUUCAUCUCCAUCGUGAGCCACCUGCUGCAGGUGGGGGUGGAGAGCAGCACCCAAGAUGCUGUGGAGGCCACCUGGGUGCUUUCUCUGGCUCUUAAAGGACUCUAUAACACUCUCAAGAAGCACGGUGUGGAUCAAGCCCAGGAAGCCAUCCAAGGCUCAGGCCUAAUGCAACUUCUGGUCCGUAAGUGUAGCAAGGGCACGGGCUUCAGCAAGAUGUGGCUUCUACGAGACCUGGAGAUCCUCUCCAUCAUGCUGUACUCCUCCAAGCGAGAGAUCCACUCCAUGGCAGAGGAUGGAGACACAGAGAUGGCUGGAGAGAGGGAGAAGGAGAAAGAGCAUGACUCUGAUCACUCCGGCUGCUGUGCCGAUGAUGCUGAUCCAAACAGACCUGAUCCACUGGAAGGACUGGAUGAGGAGACUAAGAUCUGUUUCCAGAUUACCCAUGAUGCCCUCAAUGCCCCAUUGCACAUCUUGAGAGCCAUGUAUGAGCUCCAAAUGAAGAGAACAGACUCAUUUUUCCUUGAGGUGCAGAAGAGGUUUGAUGGUGAUGCUAUAAAAACCGAUGAGACAAUUCGUACACUGGCACAGAAGUGGCAGCCAUCUAAAGGACCUCGUUCUGAGGAGAGGAGUGCCAAGGCUGUAGAUACUGAUAUAAUUAUUGUGCCUUAUGUGUCUAAACCCACCCGGUGUGAACGAGCCACAGAAGAGACAAACGUUGUCACACAGAAACUCAUCACUAACACUGAGAGUGACCUACAGCUGAGUUACACCAAACAGCGGCGCACGAAAAGCUCAGCUCUGUUGCACAAAGAGCUAGAUGCGCGCAGUAACAAGGCUGUGCGACAGUACCUUUUCAAGGUGAAUGAGGCCAUUGCUAUCCUGUACGCGCGUCACGUGCUGGCGACUCUGCUUGCCGACUGGCCCUCCGACAAACCCAUCAGAGAGGACGAUCUGGAGCUGAGUGGUGCUUCUCACAUGGCCUACAUACUGGACAUGCUCAUGCAGCUAGAGGAAAGACCAAUGUGGGAGAAGAUCUUGCAGAAGGUUCUGAGGGGCUGCAGCCAGAGCAUGCUGGGUAAUCUGUCACUGACAGCAUGUCAAUUUAUGGAGGAGCCUGGAAUGGCUGUGCAGGUCCGUGAAUCCAAACACCCCUACGACAACAACACUAACUUUGAGGAUAAGGUGCACAUCCCUGGAGCGAUCUACCUGUCUGUGAAGUUUGACUCGCGCUGUCACACAGAGGAAGGAUGUGAUGAGCUCCUGAUGGCCAGCAGCUGUGACUUCCUGCAGGACCUGCACACUUUCAGCGGUUCACACCAGAAAUGGACAGACUUUGAGAUUCCAGGGGACACCCUCUACUACAGGUUUGUAACUGAUAUGAGUAACACAGAAUGGGGCUACAAAUUCACUGUGACUGGUGGACAUCGAGGACGCUUCCAGACUGGUUUUGAGAUCUUGAAGCAGAUGCUAGCUGAUGAGCAAGCCCUCACUCACCUACCAUUGUCUGACAUCUGUGAGUGGCAGGUCGGUGUGGCCUGCCGCCAAACAGGAAAUCAGCGGCUGAAAGCCAUUCACCUGCUACUGAGGCUCCUGCAGUGUCCGUCUCAGUGGGGUUGUGACCUUACACUUCUGCGGCCGCUGUGGCAGCUCUUCACCACUAUGGAAAGCGGUUUGAGUCAGGACCCCACCAGCGUUACAGUCCUCCUCCCCCUACAUCGUGCUCUCACCGAGCUCUUCUUCAUCGCUGAAGUCAAGGCCAUGGAUCAGGGUAUUCUGCAGGAUUACCUUCUUGCUCUCACUACAAAUGAACAGCUGGUAGUGCGCACUGCACAGGCUCUGAAGAACAUCGCAGCCAUCAGCCUGGCCAUUAAUUACCCAAAUAAAUCCACCAAGCAGCUCAACCUGUCCCCUUGAAAGAGGGAUGAAAGAGAGAGGUAGAUGAGGGAAGGGAAGCCUGCCAGAGGCCCUCAGGAACAGCCUUCUGUGGUUGAUGGUUGCAGCAGGAGAGCUUCACAUAUUGUCUUCCAGAAAAUCCACCUGUAAACCCACCCCUUAAUCGUAAAGCGAGGGGCACAGUGAUGUCUCCCAGUCAUCUUGGUACCAAUUAUGGAUACCAUGGGACUCUUUCCGAAUCAUCUCAUAUAAUUAGACAAGGCUUUCCUAAUUGCAAACUUCUGCCUCUGUUGAGUUACCUUCUGUUGAAACUACAGUACCUUCUGGUCAACAAAAUUAUGGAAGAAAUUAAGAUGAAGGAUGUUUUUGAGCUCACCUUACCUGUUUUACAUCAGCUGUAACAAGGAGAGCAGUUUUGUGAGGUGUGCACAUUUUUUUUGCUUUUUAUCUGUAAGCUUUCCAUGUUUUCCACACUGCUCCAUUUUCUUUUUUGGAAAAGCCAUCGUUAGUAAGACAAUCGAUCAAAGUGAAAGCAGGUGAAAGCACCUCUCCCUGCCUCACACACUUUCCACCAUCUCUCCCUGGACACACCGCCUAAAAAUACAAAGCUGCCAGGGCAGUCUCAUCCGUCAGGGUGGCCUGAGACUUCAAGCAAGAGUGAAACAACAUAUACUACUCACAGUAUAUCAAUAUCUAUCCAACUGUGGGGCCUUCUCUCUAUUCACCCUCUGUGGGCUGAUUGUAGCCUAUUGAGCUGAUGUGAAUGUUGUCAUUUUAUCAAAGGGAAAUUUCAAAAUAUAAAUAUUCUGUCAUUUGCUAAUCCUUAUGUUUUUACAAACCCGUGUUGAUUUCUUUCUUCCUUGUAGCACAAAGAAAAGUGUUUUUUAGAAUGACAGAGAGACUGAGACUAACAUACUGCCUAACAUCUACUUUUGUGUUUCACGGAAGAAAUAAAUGUUUCAGUAUCCAUGAGGAGUGAGUAAAUGAUGUCAGAAUUUUCAUUUUCGGGGGAACUAUCCCUUUAAAUCAGUUCAUUGAGAGGAAAUGUAGAGCACCACGUAGAGCAGUUUCAUUUUGUGUUUUGCUACAUGCAACACAGACUCAUGACCCAUAAUGUCCAUGACUGAAGCGGCUUUACAUUUGAGUGAAAUCAGCGGUUGGCAUUUUAUAGAUAUAUACUGUAAUUUUUCUGCAGUUGGCCUGGUCUGCAGUAUUUAAUCUCUUAAUUAAAACAGAAUUGACCUGAAAGAACUUGAUAAUCAUAAACUUCAUCCACUGAAAUGGUUUUCUUCCCUCCUUAGAUAGACAUGCACCAGUAUUUUAACAGUGGUGACAUGGAUGAUGGUAUGAAACUUGUGUUGCUUUAAAAGACAUAAUUUAUUAUUAUUAUUAUUACAGGGAUGUUUUGGGUAGAUCUAGAGUAAAACAUAUGAUUGGCUAAUAGAGAUUUGUUGCUAUUUUUCAGUUCUUAGUUCUAAUCAAUGCUUAUGUAUAAGUAGUAGAUUUGAUUUCUUCUUUUUUCCCCCAUGUAGCCAAUGUUUCUCUUUUUUUUUUAUUUAAUAUCGUAGAAGCAUUUAUGAUUUUCUUUUUUUACGGGGCAUUCAGGUAUGUUAUAAUAAUUUUUAUUUUGAUUUCACUUUAUUUUAGUGGGUUGAGAAAGAUGGAUAUUUAUGCCAAAGAACCUGUUAUUGUUUAAAAAAAAAAUAAUAAUAAUCUAACACAAAGAAAUGUUUAUUUAUCUUCCAGAACAACUGGUUGUUGUGGUUUGUGGGGUCUUAUAUUGGGGUGGAUGAUGGCGGUGGUGUAAUGGAGAUAAACCAGAGAUCUGAUGUUCUGAUUGAAGAGAUGGGCACCAGCUACGGACACAGAUCCUUUAGUCCUCAACGUUUUUGUUUACACAAGCACUAGUGUGUAUAGCACUGGAUACUUUUGGUGUCCCUGCUCAGCCUCAGUUUGGGUAGGUUUCAAAAUGUCUGCCAGGAAGACGUCUUGUCUCUCUAAAGCCUCAGAUAUUAACAAACUAUGUGCCUAUGGUUAAAAUGAAGCAAUCUUAAUUUAAUCUUCAUAUCAUUGUAAAGAUUGUCUCUUCAAUUAAAUUUUUUAAGAAAAUUCUAUAGUUUCAUUUGGAGCAUUUUCUAUCUAUUUUAUUUUUAUGAAUUUAUUUUCUGUUUCAGAGUUCAUAUUGCUUUGAAACUGACAUGAAUGUACAUAGCUGUGAAUAUUGAUAAUUGCAUAAAUAAUUGAUAUGAAAAUAAUCUUUCAUAUCACACCUCCACAUUAAAGAAAUGUCAGAAUAAUUUACUAUAUUGUUGUAGUACACUUAGAUCCUUUUGAAUUUAUUUGCCAUGUCACAAAAAAACUGCUUUGGGUUGAUUGUUGAAUUGUUUUUAAUUAAAAAAAAGCAAGAUGUGCAAAUUAAUUUGCCUGGGAGUUUCACUCGGUUUUUAUUAAUUUGCAUAAAGUCAAUUUAAAUUAAUUUCAAGAAAAAUUGCUGUUCAGUAAAAGAACAUGCUAUGUCUUAUUUAUCUACUGGCUACUUGUGUAGACUCAAGAUGUGCCACUUCAACAUGUUGUACUACAUUCUUGUACUGCCUUCUAUUACUUAUUUGACCAAGUACUUUAGUUAUUCAAAAUGAGACAUUAUAUCCCCUUUAACUUUUAAAGCUGAAAUAAUA